GGAGUGCGAGGGACUUCAAGGGUUAUGGCGGAUGUUCCAGACGUCGGGUUUGAGCUACUGCACGCGGAGGUUGUGCGAAUUUUGAAGGAAGGCGUCGUCAAUAGAUCGAAUACUGAAAUGAAACUGAAGCUUGAAGAGCUAGGAUAUCGCGUUGGUCAGGGCUGGAUUGAAAAAUGCACGAAGGAUCGAGCUCCGUUCAGGGACGACUUGGAUGUUAUGAAGUUUGUGUGCAAGGAGUUCUGGAUGUCAAUUUACAACAAACAGGUGGACAACCUACGUACUAACCAUCAAGGUGUGUUUGUGCUGCAAGACAACACAUUUCACUUCCUUGGCCGCGUCUCCUCAAGUGUGCAACACACAGAAGAGUCACAAAUGUACCUGGCAUUUCCUGGUGGAAUGUUAAAGGGAGCUCUUGCUGCAAUAGGUGUCAACUGUUCUGUAGGAUACGAAAUCACUUCAAUGCCUGCAUGCAAGUUCACUAUCACAGUGCAACCUUCAUGAUGUCAAGAGUUGGAAACUGCAUUGUCCAUAUUGGACAGCUAGUGCUACUAUCAUAAUUUACACCCUCUUCUUAUGUAACCAGUGUUCCUUCUAGUUUCCAGAUUACAGACUGAAGAUCUGGGCACCUACACGCAUUAAGUUAAUCUAUAGCAGUUGCUGUGCAUAGUGGUUAGUUACACAAUACAUUACUGGACCAUGCUGU